AUUUUGAAAUGCACGCCCCUCACAAGUUCUCAGUAUAGAUUUACCAUAAUAUACCCUAGAAUAAGGAAGUAGAAUGAAUUGCCUUCAGUCUACUGAGAACGGGAAGUACCAGUACAGCCAAGUCAAAGGUGCAGUAAUCCUCUAAACAACGGAUUGUAAAGGGUAUCGGGCUUGAUUUAAACUUGUAUCACUAUUUCAACUGACAAGGUCUGGAAGCACUUCUGGGAAAUGGCUCAAAAUUGCCUCAAGUGUUUGAAAUACACCAUGUGUAUGGUUAACUUCUUGUGCUUUAUGUGUGGAACGGCAGUGUUUGGUUUUGGAGUGUUCCUGAUGUUGAACACCAAGGUUUCUGCUCUCAUCCCCACCCUGUCCUCCUUGAAUCUGGCCAACACACUCUUCAUCACCGGCAUCAUCAUCACUUGCGUGUCCUUCCUGGGGUUCCUGGGGGCCCUUAAAGAGAACCGCUGCCUCCUCAUCACUUUUUUCAUCCUGCUGUUCAUUCUGAUGUUGGUGGAACUGACUCUAGCCUGUCUACUGCUGGUAUAUGAGAAAGAGAUUGACAGAUUCCUAGAUAAGGAUCUCAAAGAAAGUCUGGCGAAAUCCAGGGAUUCAACUAAAGGUGGGAAUUCCACAAUGAACACGGAUGACUGGGACAUCAUUCAGAUCACGUUCCAGUGCUGUGGGAUCCAUAACACAAGUGACUGGAAGACCAAAGUGCCUAAUUCCUGCUGCCACGAGAGCCAAUGUGCUCCCGAGAAGCCAGUAUACUGGAAGGCCGGUUGUUACAAUAAGCUGAAGGUGUGGUUUGAGGAGAACUUCCUCGUCACCGGUGUUGGUGUGAUUGUGCUCUGCAUUAUCGAGGUCCUGGGCAUGUGUUUCUCCAUGACUUUGUUCUGUCACAUAAGCCGGUCUGGACUCGGCUACAAAUUAUGAAAAUUCUGCUUACCUGGUUAGGACCUUUCUGUUCUAACUGAAAACAUCUGUCUUCAACUGUUUUACAGAGAAUUUCCAUAUACAGAACUAUAAACGCACCUUUGAGAUUUUAUACACUUAAAUUAAUGAUUUGUUUUUUUGUUUGUUUUCUGUAAUAUAAUGCCGUCAGUUCAUGCUCUCUGAGGAUUCAUUUCAUGCUAAAAGGCAGGCACUUUAUAAUGUAAACCCAAAUAAUGCAAUAAACAUUGAGCUUUUAAUUCA